UGCUUUUAAUUGUUAUUUUUUUAAACACAACUUGUAAUAGGACUUGACUCUUUACCCCAACGACGUUCUGUUUUGAUGAGUAAAGUAAAGCAAUGGUAUUGUUCGACACACAGCUCGGGUGUUCAGAACCUUCAAUGGCAAUGGUAGAUCAGAGAUUCAGAAUAGAAUAGUGAUAGUGAUAACAGUGCCUUAACUCAAAUCUCUCUCUUUCUCUCUCACUCACUUGGGCUUCAAUGUCUAUCCUAAACCAGCUCUUCAAUAGAGGUGUAUUUGGUGCAAAAUGCAAAACAAGUUUGAAUUUGGCUAUCGCACGCAUCAAAUUGCUGCAAAACAAGAGAGAUUCACAGACCAAAAAUAUGCGCAAGGAGAUAGCUCAAUUUUUGCAGGCUGGCCAAGAAGCUAUAGCUCGAAUUCGGGUGGAGCAUGUCAUACGAGAACAUAAUAUAUGGGCUGCCUAUGAGAUUUUAGAGCUCUUCUGUGAAUUUAUUCUUGCACGUGUACCCAUUAUUGAUAACCAGAGGGAGUGUCCAAUAGAGCUGCAAGAAGCUAUAUCAAGCAUAAUAUUUGCUGCUCCUCGAUGUUCAGAUGUCCCAGAUUUGUUGCAUAUCAAGAAUUUGUUUAAUACGAAGUAUGGAAAGACAUUUGUCUCAUCUGUGUCUGAGCUUCGUCCUGAUUCUGGUGUAAACCGUACUAUAAUUGAAAAGCUUUCAGUUAGUGCUCCAUCUCCUGAGGUGAAGCUCAAAGUGUUGAAAGACAUUGCACGAGAGUACAAUCUGGAAUGGGAUUCUUCUAAUGCUGAAGCCGAACUUGGUAAAAGACAUGAAGAUUUGCUGGGUGGAUCAAAGCCAAUAAGUGGUGGAGCUGGACAGUUGCAGCCUCCCACAUAUCAGGGCUUGUUUAACUCAUCAAACUCCCAUGGGGCAAUUCCAACUUUGCCUAACCAUAUAAUACAAGAAUCUCAACAGCCUCGACUUCCAAAUUCUCCGAGUAAGAUGCCUUCAUCUGGUACUAAUGAAUUUCAAGCUUCAAUUAAAUAUGAUAAUGCAGCAGCAGCAGUUAGAGAUGUCAAAAUGGAGACAACAAGACUACAGACAUCCUCCGAUAUCUUGGAAAGAGCUAGAGCUGCGCUUGCCUCUGCAGAACGGGCGACUGCUUCUGCCCGAGCAGCUGCAGAGCUGGUGAAUGUUAAAUUUGGAUCAUUGAAGUCAGAGGAAGGAAGAUCAUCAUAGUUCAUGAUUUGAAGAACAGGUGGAAAGAAUACUAAGCUCUGGGUAUCCUGUGAUUUCAGUGUGGCAAAACUCUCCUGGUGGGACUUAAGGUAACCUCACUUUCUGCUUGUUAUUAGAGAAAGUGCAAAUGAUCAAGCUUUGUGAAUACCGUCGAUGUUUUGUAUGUUGGUUAUAUAUUAUAACAUUACAUUUUAUUUUAUAAUUUUCAAAUAGCAAGAUUUGAUUUA